UUCAAUGACAUCAUCAAUGAUGGGGCAGAAAUUCCUCCCACUGACGCAAAUGAUAGGGUCCAAUGACAUCAAUGAUGGGGCAGAAUUCCUCCCACUUACACAAAUGAUAGGGUCCAAUGACAUCAAUGAUGAUAGGGGCAGAAUUCCUCCCACUGACACAAAUGAUAGGGUCCAAUGACAUCAAUGAUGGGGGGUACACAAAUUGCUCCCACUGACACAAAUGAUAGGGUCCAAUGACAUCAAUGAUGGGGCAGAAUUCCUUCCAGUUACACAAAUGAUAGGGUUCAAUGACAUCAAUGAUGGGGCAGAGUUCCUCCCACUGAUACCAAACAAUGAGGCCUUAU